UCUUGAGGCGCACGAAUGUCGGUGUCGAUCAGACGGAGACAGAUCCACCCUGCAGGUGCUUCUAUCGUUGGUGCCUGCGAGGAGCGUCGAAUCACUCCCUCGUCGCUAAUGACGCACAUAUUCCCCGAUACUCGAGGGGUAUCCUGCAAGAGUGCGAUCGAAAGUGGAGUCCGUCAGCGCUGAGAAAAUGCGGGUAUUCAGAGACGCUCACAGGUGCUUGAUAAGGUGACGGUUGAAGGACAGUAGGC